AAAACAAAACCAAACAUGACUGAAACUCCUCUACUGAAAGUUUCCUCCUCAAACCAGAGUGAAAACAAGAGCAACUCAACUGUUUGCCCAGACUUGAAUGACUGGUGGGAAAUUGUGUACUAUAUAGUGCCCAAGUAUAUAGACACCGUCUGCGUUAUUGGAAUGCUUGGAAAUAUCUUUGUUCUCUUCACUUACUCACUGCACAAGAGCCCCCUGAAGGUAGCCGAAAUCUACCUUAUGAACCUAGCUGUUGCUGAUCUUAUCUUCCUCACCUGCCUCCCUUUCUGGGCAGAGAACAUCAGGAAUGAAUUUAACUGGCCGUUUGGCAGCUUCCUUUGUCGCAGCACCAGCGCAUCCAUCAGCCUAAACAUGUACACCAGCAUCUACCUGCUGGUGGCAGUCAGUGUGGAUCGCUACUUGACUUUUGUCCACACCUUGAACCACAGAGGGAUACGGAGCAAAACCAUGGCCAAAGGGAUCUGCUUGCUCACCUGGUUCAUCGGCAUCCUUCACAGCAUCCCAACCUUUACGUUUCGGACUGUGAAACACUUUCCCAUGUGGAAUAUUUCAGCGUGCGUUUUUGACUUCCCCACCCAAUCGUGGGCAACAGCCGAAAGGCUGGUAUUCAACACGGUGGGGUUUGCAUUGCCAUCGGCAGCAAUCACCUUCCUGAAUUUCUCCACCAUUCGCUCCCUACAAAAAAACGCAAGAGAACGAAAAGCACUCAGAACAAAGAGCUGCAAGGAGCACAAAGGCACGAAGGCUACCAGGUUGAUCUUCGCGGUGGUACUGAUGUUUCUCUUGUGCUGGACGCCUUACCAGUUUUUUGUGUUCCUCAAUAUAUUAUACCAGACAGAAGUGAUCAAAGGCUGCUUCUGGGGGGAACUGGUCAACUUUGGUGAGCAGUUUGGUUAUACCCUGGCUACCACCAACAGUUGCAUUAACCCUGUGAUUUAUGUGAUUGUUGGGAAAUACUUCAGGCAAAAGGCUUUAGAAGUUUUUUCACAAUUUAUUCCCUGUGGAUUUCCCUUGAGCUGGGUAUCAUUCAAAGAAAAGUCCUCAUAUUUCAACAGGUUUCCAGUCAGGAGUAGUUUAACCUAA